UCGACUUUAGCGGAAGUAGGUUUAUUCUUGUGCUCGUCCACAAAACUAUGGGAUUCUGUAGGACAGUGAUUGAUAGCAAUAUUACCGGAUCCAUGCAAAGCUGGAUAAUAUGUUUAGUGGCCAUGGACUUGAGGCAAAUUAAUAUAUCAAGAUAAGAUGUUCAAGUUGUGUAGUGAAUCAAUCGUAUGAUGAUUAUUUAAGGGUGCAAAUAUGUUCUUUUUCCUUUUAUAACAUAGUUGUAUAAUACAGUGGUGAAUUCGACGUAUAACUCAUACCUGCAGAAUAACCCUACGUUACGCAGGAAGUUAGGCAAAGCCUAAAACAUUACCUUGGUUUGCUCGUUCAGCUGUGCAUAAGAAGAAAAUUUUCCUUCAGCCACAAAGCGAUCGAUAUUGGUCCCCAUCUGAAGGCACCUACAAACGUCGUGUAUGUAUGGGGAGUAGGCACUAGUGUGUUGCAGUAAGGCCUCCUUGUGAGAGAUCCGGCUUGAAGCGUGAGAGCGUGUGGCGGAAUGUUGGAUCCUCCACAACGCUGCUGCUGCUGCUGUCGUGCUUUUCAUUGCCUGUUGGACUGCAUUUGAGUUACCAGCAUCAUAUGCUAAGAGUGCAGAGGAGGGUGGUGAAGUGAGUGCCCACCGCGCGUUGCAGUCGGGCGGAAUACCACCCACCGGCGGCGGGUGCCGGUCGUUUUGGGAGGUUUUUCUCUGGAAAAAAAGCGCGCGUGAAGUUUCGCGGUAUAUUUAUUAUUCGGCGAGAAGCGAAUCAUAUGUUUACAAAUAUUGUGCAAGGAAGAACGAACUCGACGGCGAUGUGUUUUCAAAUACCGAAACAGGGUGGCUCGCAAAGAUGCAUUGGAGGGGUGGCAGGACACGUAACUGAGACUGCGUUUCUGAGCAGAUGUGGAGAAUUAUUGUGAGAUCAAUCGAAUCUGUCUUUUGAGCAAAAUCAGAACCAAGUGAAGUCUCUUUAAUUCCCAAUUAAAAGAUGCGUACAAAUCAAAACUCAUACAGAAGAUAGAAGAAGGUACCCCGGUGACAAAAAAGGACUCACUUGAACCAGUACGGCGAGGAACGGAAAAAGAUGUCCGACUUGAUGAUUACUAACCAAAGCGAGCACUUGAGUGAAGAACUAAAUUUUACCGCAUUCAUCGAUUUGUGUCGGUUCUGCUCUAUCAAGAGCGGCCCAAGGCUUAACAUCUUCGACAAGGAGGCAGAGCAGCGGCAGAUAUUGUUUAAGAUUAGAACAAUUUUGCCGAUUGUGAUAAACAAAGAGGACUUUCUCCCAAAGAAAAUAUGUGAUCGUUGUGUCGAUAAAAUCGAACAAUAUUUCGAGUGGAGAGCAAACUGCGUGCAAACCGAUGCUAUACUACAUAACUACGCAGACUCGAUGCGAGUUGUAACUGCGACGAUAAAUUUUCAGGACGGCACCGUUAACAUUGAUAAAAUGACACCAGCUCAGAAGAAUGCAUAUCUAGAAGCGCACAUGGCGGUACAGCAGCAAAUGAUGCACGCUGCCCAGCAGAUACAUCAACAACAGCAACAGCAACAACAUCAGCAACAGCAGCAACAACAAUUGCAACAUCAUCCGCAACAACAACCACUCCUGCAGCAACCACAAACAUCAUCUCGUUCUGCAAAGAAAUCCAAACCCAACAAUCACGAAAGUCAGCCGGCACAGUAUCAUCAUCAACAGUUACAACAGCAAAGUCUGCAACAGCAACAUCAGAGCCAUCAGCAGCCCAACAAUGUAAUAACAGCUGCAACCGCUGGCGGUAGCAUUAAUACAACUCAUUAUGCAAAUACUAUCAAAGUACCGCAAAUCACUACUAGCUCAAUAUCGAAUACCACUAAUAUUAGCACUGCUGGUGGCGAUAGUAGUACAUUCACUGUGCCGGACGACGUGGGUAUGGGGUUUGAAGGUGGAGUACGCGUUCUUCAAAGUUUGGGGAAUUGGUCACCGGAGAUACCUCCAAAUAUACCUCGGCCAAACUUGAUUCCAUUUACAGAGCCGUACACGGAGGGCGGAUCCAUGCAUCCAGCGACCAGGCUGAAAGCAUUGCAGCAAGUUCAACAAGCGUCGUCCAAGAAGAGUACAGCGAAACCGAAAACACCGGUCACUAAUAAUACGGGUCCGCCAAAGCCAGUGUUCGAAUGCACAAUCUGCGGCAAAGGUCUAGCUCGGAAAGAUAAGCUGACAAUACAUAUGCGGAUUCAUACAGGGGAGAAACCGUACGUUUGCGAGGUUUGUGAUAGGGCUUUUGCGCGGAGGGAUAAGUUGGUGAUACACAUGAACAAGUUUAAACAUGUCACUCCUACAAACAUCGCCCCUCUUGGAAAACGACAGAACCGUGUGCCUACGUUAGUUAAAAAGGAGGAUCAGAAAAGCGAAGACAAUAAGCCAAUACUGAUCGACCACCAUGCCUUAGCAACCCAAACUUUAACCACGGUGGUCAACAGUAUUUCAGCUCAACAGCAACAGCAGCAUCAAGGUCCGCCUCCUGGACAAAUGAACCAAACGACAGCCAACGUUCAGCAGCAGAACAGUGGGACGUCAGUUAUAGGAAUGAGUAUGCCACAGCAACACCACCACCAGUUGUCUUGGACCUGCGAACUGUGCGGUCGAAUGUUCCAAACGAGGGAAGAGUGGACUCUGCAUGCCAAAAGUCAUUUAGAGUAUUGACAGCAACAAACUGGUGGUACUGUGAUUCUAACAGGCAGUGGCUCUGACCUGAACACUGCUGUUAGCCUCAAGGAUAAAUGUAUUCAGCCAUCGCAGUCAAUUUCUUCACAACAGGUUGACUCUUUACAGCCUCAACACAACCGGCGUUGCAUCCAAUGUAUCGCAGGGUAUAGUAGUGCAACAGCAGAGCAACUUUUGUUUUCUGUGCCGACAGAGUUGCGGCAGCCAGGCAGAGUUCGCCGCGCACAUUCGAGGACAUUUCGUGGACGGGAAAAUUUCUGCCAAUACGAUCGACUCGACCACUCUCGUAAACAGACACGUUCAAAACGGAAACAUUUGCAACUCUACUAGUACCUAAUUCGAUCGAAGAUGGGGGUACGAUUCUUAACCUGGAUAUCGUUUAAGUAGACUGUUAUUUCAGUUUUGAACCGAAUUCACAUAUCUAUAUCAAACUUUAGGAAGCUUUUGAGUUUUCUCUGUUCCUUAGAAGAAUUAUUUAUUUGUCCUAAAUCUCAAUAGAAGACUUCAUAUAUCAAGCAAGAUAUAUGUUUUAAAACAUUUCGAUCAAAUUAGCUUUAUUUAAAUGAUUAUUAAACAGAAUUCGAAAUUAUGUAUACAUGUUCUAUCACCUAAAUAUGAUAAAAAUCGAUUUUUGUAAUGACUUUAUUAGUGUGAUUUUUCAAUUACAAUAUUAAGUUCAUCAUUAU